UUACUAUACUCGAGGCAUUGUGUUUGAUAUCAUAUUACCUGGUGGUGGCAGUAGGUCCGGGCUCGCCCAUGGAAUUUCCUGAGCUUCGCUGUCUCGAGCCUGGCCCAGACGUCCGUCCCGAGCCUCCAGAAUUCCUCAAGUCAAACACAGUGAUGGUGAAAAGAGAUGGAGGCUAUCGCUAUUGCAACAAGUGCAGAGUUUGGAAGCCUGACAGAUGCCACCACUGCUCAUCAUGUGAGCAAUGUAUUCUCCGGAUGGACCAUCAUUGUCCAUGGUUCGCUGAUUGCAUAGGGUUCAAAAACCACAAGUUUUUCGUUCAAUUUCUUAUUUAUACGUCAUUUUACACAGGGCUGGCCACCCUUAUCUCAGGAUACUGUCUAUACAUGAUCUACUACCUCCAGAGCGUUUCUCUGGACAAGUUCUCGCUGCACACUAUGUUUGUUUUUGCGUUGGGAGCCGUCAUGUGGCUAUGUGUUUCCGUGUUCACGCUUUUUACGAUAUACCAGUUACUGAUAAACAGAACGACGCUGGAAUCGUACGAAACUCAGGGAUAUCGCUCGAACAGGAGCUCGCAUGAAAUAGGAAACAUUUUUGAUCUCGGGUACAAGCAAAAUUGGUGUGCCAUCAUGGGCGCCACCUGGGUGGAGUGGCUGCUACCAAUCAGUGCCUCUUCUGAGAACGGAUCUGGCCUCACGUUCCGAGUGAACGAUUUGGUGUACCGCAAGCUCCAACAGGAAACACAGCUGCAGGAGAGAUUGUCUCAGGAGAUCACGAACUAUAGGGCGGUGCAGAAACAAAUUAACAAGUCUGCACUUCCUCCCGCAUAGUUAGCUCUUCACGUCCCAAAAAAAAA